GUCAUCGGGACUGACGCAGAGCGAGCUGAGAGAGGCAGAGCAGCAGCAGCAUCCCUGCUAACCAGCGGUACCUCACCAAUCUCCCAUCACCAGCGAGGUGUUUUCUAACUGAGCAUCCUCCAGAAAUAACGAGAUAAAAGAUAAGAUGGCCACCUCCUCCUCCACUCUGGAAGAAGACGAGAGUUUGAAGGGCUGUGAAAUUUUUGUGCAGAAGCACAACAUCCAGCAGAUCCUCAAAGAGUGCAUUGUGAACCUCUGCAUCGCGAAGCCUGAGCGUCCUAUGAAGUUCCUGCGGGAACAUUUUGAAAAGCUGGAGAAGGAAGAAUGCAAGCAGAUCAUGGCACGCCAGAAAUCUAACAGCCAGUCGGACUCACACGAUGAUGAGGUUUCUCCCCCACCGCCCAACCCCGUUGUCAAGGCCCGGCGCCGCAGGGGAGGGGUCAGCGCCGAGGUCUACACUGAAGAGGACGCUGUCAGCUACGUACGCAAGGUGAUCCCAAAAGACUACAAGACCAUGACCGCCUUGGCUAAGGCCAUCUCCAAGAAUGUACUGUUUGCUCACCUGGACGAUAAUGAGAGAAGUGACAUAUUUGAUGCCAUGUUCCCAGUCACCCACAUCGCGGGGGAAACAGUCAUCCAGCAAGGCGAUGAAGGAGACAACUUCUAUGUGAUUGACCAAGGUGAAGUAGACGUGUAUGUGAACGGGGAGUGGGUGACCAGUAUUGGAGAAGGAGGUAGUUUUGGAGAGCUGGCCCUGAUCUAUGGGACUCCGAGAGCUGCCACCGUCAAGGCCAAGACUGAUCUUAAACUGUGGGGCAUCGACCGAGACAGCUACCGGCGCAUCCUCAUGGGCAGCACACUGAGGAAGAGGAAGAUGUAUGAAGAGUUCCUCAGCAAGGUUUCCAUCCUUGAGUCUUUAGAUAAGUGGGAACGUCUGACAGUGGCCGAUGCUCUGGAGCCCGUUCAGUUUGAGGAUGGAGAGAAGAUAGUGGUGCAAGGAGAACCUGGGGAUGACUUCUUCAUUAUAACAGAGGGAAUAGCCUCUGUUCUGCAGCGCAGGUCCGACAACGAGGAGUACGUGGAGGUCGGACGCCUCGGACCCUCUGACUACUUUGGUGAAAUCGCCCUGCUGUUGAACCGUCCCAGGGCAGCCACCGUAGUCGCUCGUGGUCCGCUCAAGUGUGUGAAGCUGGACAGGCCCCGCUUUGAGCGUGUCCUGGGGCCAUGCUCAGAGAUCCUCAAGAGGAACAUCCAGAGAUACAACAGCUUCAUCUCCCUCACCGUGUAACGCGUCAGCCCCUCUGGGCUCCACCAGCAGGGGUGGGCAGCAUCAGCAUCAGAGUUUGGGUCCAUGGGUGGGGGGAGAGGUGAGGACGCGGGGUAAUGAACAUGGGUUUUACAUCCACAACCACAGGGUGCUCAUUUCCUGCCUUUUUUUUUUUUUUUCAUUUAGCGCAUUUCUUUUCUUCUGAUCUUGUGCACUUUGACUUGACCUGUGCUGUCACGUAGCUUUAUGUCAAAACCAACAUACCGGAGUGUAAAAAUCAGAGCGAGGACAGAGAUCAUUCAACUCAUUAUAUACUGUAAAUGAGUCAUACAUACAGCGUGGCAACUGUAUAUGAUGCAUGUUUCUAGACUGACAAAGAAUGGUGUAUGCACAUGUCGUGAAUUUAUGAAUGGUACGGAAGAAUUCAGGAAAUACGAAGGAAGUGAAGUCAUGUUUACGUACAGCGGGAGGAAGUGAGUACACAUUUCUUUUUCGCUGCCUGUUGUUUGCCUUUUAUUUUUCCCUUUUGGGUGUUGGUGGUGCCAUUUUUCGGUCAAAUCAGACCUGCACUACAAUGACCUCUGUUCCCCGAAAACGUAGAUGUAGCGUUAUGAAGAAAAAUAAAUUAUUGGCUGUUUCAUUUUUAGUGCUUCUUAAGUGUGCUUUUACUGCUAUUAUCAGUUGGGGGGGGGGGGGGGGGGGUUAAAGGCAGUGAUAUGUUGAGAUUUUAUUAUUAUGUCAGCCAAAUUAACUAACAGGUUGCAUUUUUCUCAAGAGAUCCACUCUGUCCUCCAGCUCAGUCCAAUCUAUAAGCUGUGGGAUUCCAAAAGAGCAGUAGUGUUAUCAGUCCGGUCCACAUACACACAGUCUGAAACACACUGACAUGAAACACACAAUAAUACUGUAUAUGUUACACUGUCUCAGGACUAUAUGAAUCCUCAACACACACACACGCACACACACACACGCACACGCACACGCACACACACACACACACACGCACACACACAUGCACAUCCACACACAAUGAAAGCUUUUGCACCACUUUAGAGUUUGUAACGUUGGGUCAAUACAGAAGUUUGAUUUAGCUGUUUUUAAGACAUGACUUGUAUGUUAUAAAUAUAUGAAAGAAAGAAUAAAACAAAUAAACUUGCGUUGCUUUCCUUUGAUCUACUGUAAUCUGUCUAAAAUGCACAACUGACCCAGUGACCGAUGUUGUAUAAAAUGGUACCUUAUGAAGAGAACCUUUCUAUAUUAUCUCUCUGUAUGUCUUUCUUUCAACUAUCAAACCAUCUUGGGCAAAUAAAGAUAAGCUUCUGAAAUCCUC